GGCUGCACCUUGUGCCAGGUGACAUGCGGGUUCUGUGAGUGGGGAAGUGCAUGAAGGGGCCAGGGGUUCAGGGUUCUGCCCAUCACUGCAGCAUUAGGCUCAAGCUUCCUGUUAGUAAAUUGGGUCAGACCCUCCAUGCUGGGUGUGAGCCAGGAGGAAGAGACCUUAUAAGUUUGGACUUGCUCUAGAUCCAGUAAUCACAGGCAGCCUUGACGUUCCUGACUUUUCCUCAUGACCUUCUCUCCCUCAUCAUAAUUAAAGUUUAGAUACUAGAGAAAUAAGUCCUCACGUGUUGCAAUGGCUCCCACACUUGCUACUGCGCAUCGGCGACGCUGGUGGAUGGCAUGCACAGCUGUUGUAGAGAAUCUUCUCUUCUCUGCUGUUCUUCUGGGCUGGGCAUCACUGCUCAUCAUGCUGAAAUCUGAAGGAUUUUACUCCUACCUAUGUCAUGAACCAGAUAAUUUUACCACCAACUCUACACAUGGAAACAGGACAGAGCAGGAAGCUGUGAUUCGGAUCAAUGGGUGGCUCAUCUGCCAGGAGCAGGAUGAAAUGUUGAACCUGGCUUUUACUAUUGGAUCCUUCUUGCUGAGUGCAAUCACUCUGCCUCUUGGGAUUGUCAUGGACAAAUAUGGCCCUCGCAAACUGCGUCUGCUUGGCAGUGCCUGCUUUGCUGUGUCCUGUGUGAUGAUUGCAUAUGGAGCUAGUAACCCAAAUUCACUGUCAGUGCUGAUCUUCAUCUCACUGGCUCUGAAUGGCUUUGGUGGAAUGUGCAUGACCUUUACCUCACUUACGCUGCCCAACAUGUUUGGUGAUCUUCGUUCCACGUUCAUUGCUCUGAUGAUUGGCUCAUACGCGUCUUCGGCUGUCACUUUUCCUGGAAUCAAGGUUAUAUAUGACUUUGGUGUCUCUUUCAUCCUCAUUCUGAUUGUCUGGGCAUCCUGUGCAGGGCUAGUUUUCUUCAACUGUUUCUUCAACUGGCCACUGGAGCCAUUCCCAGGACCAGAAGACAUGGACUACACAGUGAAGAUCAAGUUCAGCUGGCUGGGAUUUGACCACAAAAUUACAGGGAAACAGUUUUACAAGCAGGUGACCACAGUGGGACGUCGUCUGAGUGUGGGGAGCUCCAUGAAGAAUGCCAAGGAGCUGGCAGCUCAAGAGGGAAACAAACUCUGUCUAUCAACAGUGGACCUGGAAGUGAAGUGUCAAGCAGACGAUGCAGCAUCUCCGUCCUUUAUGCACAGUGUCUUCAGCCCCAUUUUGCUACUCAGCCUCAUCACCAUGUGCGUCACUCAGCUGCGGCUCAUUUUCUACAUGGGGGCCAUGAACAACAUCCUGGGAUUCCUUGUGGAGGGAGACCUGGAGACAGUGAUGGAUACAGUGAGCCUCUAUACCUCUGUUUUUGGGGUGUUGCAGCUGCUCUGCUUGAUGACUGCCCCCAUGAUUGGAUACAUCAUGGACUGGAAGCUGAAGGAGUGUGAUGAUGGCUCAAAAGAGGCUGACGAGAGUGAUGUUAAUCAAGAUGGUAAAAAAAAGAAAAAACGUGAUCGCCAGAUUCAGAAGAUUUCCAAUGCCACAAGAGCUUUUGUGUUCACCAACAUACUACUAGUUGGAUUUGGAAUUACCUGUCUCAUUCCUAACCUGCCUUUGCAGAUCCUUUCCUUCAUUUUGCACACAAUUGUGAGAGGAUUCAUUCACUCAGCAGUGGGAGGCCUCUAUGCAGCUGUAUACCCCUCAACGCAGUUUGGCAGCUUGACGGGACUGCAGUCUUUGGUCAGUGCCCUCUUUGCUCUUCUGCAGCAGCCCUUGUUCCUGGCAAUGAUGGGACCAUUGAAAGGAGACCCUCUUUGGGUGAAUGUGGGGCUUCUUGGAGUGAGUAUGCUGGGCUUCUGCCUGCCGGUCUAUCUGAUCUGGUAUAAACGCAGGCUAGAAAGAGAGAAACAGCAGAGAAGUGACGAUGCCAAACUCUUCCUCAAAAUCAAUGGCACUCCCAACGAGGAAGCCUUUGUUUAAGCCAGUGCUUCAAACACUGCCUCCUCUUCACGAGUUCCCCUACCACUUCAAUGGGUCUACCUCUGGCCCAAGUCAUGAUCCUUCUCUCCAUGCUCUGCCAGCUUCACACAGCAUGAUCAGCUGCCUUAGAGUGAAGACGGAGUAUGUUUCUAAGACGUAUAUGCCAGGAGGAGGCCUCCCUCUUCUUCUUUCCUUUUCUAAAAGCUACACAGAUCACAAAUUGAAUGAGCUGAAGCCUGCCCUAACUGGCACUGUCUUGGCUGCAGGAGAAUGACAUUUUACUCACCAUUACCAAGCUUGGCUACAGGACUGUAGUCCCUUGCUUGAAAACCCUGUGCUGUGAACAUUGGAAAGGGGAAUUAGUGCUGUGUCUUGCAGAAGUAGAUUUUCAGUUCAUUGCUAAACACUAAUCUCUGAUGCUGAAACUUUUUCUCCAUAUAAUGUAAAGAGAUGGUUAGUGAGCAAUGGAUUCUGCCACAUGUGCCAAAAUGAAGGGUCCAGUUGACUGCUCUUCCCCCUCACCACCCUCCAGCAGCCUGGGAGUCCUCUACCCCAGCCUGUAAGCUUUGUCUACAUGGUAAGAUGUCUGUUGUCUUGAACCAUUCAGCUGGAAACUGGAUCUUGUCUGAAGUGCUUUAGGAAGUGUUGCCUUUCUUCUUCUCCUCUCCCUGCAGUGGUCCUAGGAGAGGAGCAGCAGCUGGUAGUUUGGAGAUAAUCUUUGAUUAGAGCUGAAAGGCUUUUUCAAAACUGGGUCCUAUGGUGCAAAACAACUUUUUCUGUUUCUAGGUGCUGGUUUUGUUGAUUUGUCUUACUGUUGAAAAGAACCAACAGUGCAGAACGGGACUUGCAUGUAGUAACUGGAUCCUGUGACCACAUGGAAGAUUGACAUGGUUAGACAAUUUCACUAAGUCUCAGCAGGACCUCCCAGCAGUAGCCUCUUAACCUCCUGUGCUCAGAUAACAGCCCCCUUUGAGAGAAUCCAACACUCUGAACUGCUGAACACCAACUUACCUGUAGCUGACCAAAAGCUUCUGGUUGGCCGUGCAAGAGGAGCCUCCUAGGAUGUCUGUGCUCUUUCUGGACAGGACAGAUAGAGAUCACUGACUGUGUGGUUGGGUAGACUUCACAGAAAAAUAAGUGGACUUGGGGGUACCCGAGGAGGUCUCCGCUCAGACAUGGAGGGGAAUACAAAGGGAAUUCUUGGCCUGCUUAUCUCUUCUAGCCAUGCCUUUCCUGGGCCUUGUCUACACUGGACUCUGUUUUUCCAUAACCUUCCUGCUAUUGCUAUCAGUGACUCAGCUCUACAGUGGGAGCACUAGUGCACACAGGCUGCCUGUGUUCCAUCUCGACCUGCUCUGAACAGGAUUACACAACCCUGGGUAAAGGCCAGUGGGUGGUAUGCUUAACACUCCUAUUGGCUGGGCUGAGCUGAGCUGGUACUUGUGAUAGUGGGGAGAUUAUGGAAAACCCUGAGUCUGGUGUUCUAUAGCAAAUGCAGUAGUGGUGCUUUCUCAGUCUUACAAUAUCUCCGAUGCCUGGCACAGGGGAGAGUUUCUUGAACGUCCCCUCUAAACCAGGCAGGAAAAGCACAAGACUCUGCUGUCACUGUCCAGUAACUCCAAACUGGGAUUAAGAGACAAUGGUGCAUCUGAAUGCUCUGUCGGAAGUGACCUUGGAUCUGGGGGGGAAGAGGGGGAGUUUGUCAGAAUGGAAAGCUAACAGCUUUGCUAUACAGGAUUAAAACAUUCAGGUGAGCAGACUACCCGAACCCUUUCCAUUUAAAGAGUAAGCUCUGCAGGUAUUUUGAAUGGCACCAUGGAAAAGAAUCACUUUGUUAGAAUCCUUAACAGACUCAUCUGGUUAGUUAGGUUGCCAGUGCAUAAUGAUUGAGCAGCAGCGCCCUCUGGUGUUAAGGUAUUGUAAAAUCCCAUAUGCUAUUUACAAAACAAUGACAAAACAUUUAUUUCAGAUCUGCUUGCCUGUUUUGAAUAGAUUCCUGCCACUUAACGAGUAUAUUUUAAACACUUGUGGGUUUUUACAUGUUGCCUUCAUCAGUUGUCACACUUCAAAAGCAACCAUGUCUUAUGCUCUAAUACUGCAUCAAUGCAAAAGUACUUUAUUCUAUUCUGGUGGCUUCUUACAAGUUUGAGGAGCUUUGGAGAUGUGUUACUGCCCUUUUCAGCUUUUUUUUUUCUUGUGUCAAGCAACAAUUAGGGAGCACAGCUCAACUUGGCAAUUUAGGUCUUAAACAGUAGAGAAAAUUUGCAUAUGUGCUUGGAAGACAUACCAGCAAUAAUUUAAUUUCCUUGUAAUGAGAAUAUUUCUGGAUGGUUUUCUGUAGAUUUCUGCAUCCUGUACUGCCAAGUGUUGCUACACCUAAAUGCUCUGAUAUUGCACACCUGCUCACUCCAGGACUGUUUACUCAACAAGGAAAGAUCAGCUCACAUAUUGCAUCAGAUUUUUAGUAAAAUCUUUGAGUUGGAAUUGUGGCAUGAACUGCAGUCAGCUCAUCCCAUCAGCUUUGAAGAAUAAUGUGGUAAAGACAGAGACCUAAUUUUCAAAAGCGACUACUGAUUUUAGAUGCCCAAUAUGAGAGAGUUUAAAGGGGCCCAAUUUUCAGAAAGUGUUGAACGCCCACCCUCCCUAAAGCAGGCCCCUUUAAACUGUCUCUGAGCAUCCAGUUAGUGGGUGCUUUUGAAAAUUGCAGCCAGAAUCCUUAGUUCCACACCUUACAAAUGCAGACAGUCUGAGAAUUGCAGCCUGCCAGCUGCAUGACCUUACAGCUUACUGUAUGACCUUACUGCAUGGAAACCUUAACAGGGGUCUCAAAUUCAUUAGAGGAGAGCCCAAGAUUCCAUGUUUAAUCAUGGUAAGGGGACUCGGAUGUAAAUUCAGGGGGGCGUAUUCCUCUUGAUCCACAGCAGAGACCACAUUGAUGUUUCUGGGAGGCUUACACAGAAAUCGGGACAAUACAGCCUUUAUGGAGUAACUAAACAUUUAUUCUUGCAUUUACAUCCCCACUGCAAUGACUGAUUCCCUCCUGUGGAGGGCUUCUCUCCAACCCUAUUCCAUUUGCUGAAAUGAUCAGCAAUGCAAUCAUUAACAUACAGUAUGUUGACAUUGAUGUGUGAUCUCUAGGCUUUAGAACUGAUACCCUAUUCACUUGAAUAGAAGGCAGAGGAAUUCUGCACUCAUUUAGGCUAGAAACAUCAUUUACCAAAAAAUUAAACUGAGAUUGUGGGGAAUCUAGUUACAGUGCUCUCAUGAAUUAAAGUUACCUGGACCAGAUCUGGCCACAACUGUUUGAUACCCUAGCUUUAUAAGAUGCUUUAAAAUAUUUAAUAUUGUAAAGGGCUCAGAUACUAUGGUGAUGAGUGUGGUAUAAAUGCUGAGAAACAAGAGACUUUCAUGUCUAUAUGUAAAGGUCUAACAGGACAACCAAAAUACUCUCGUCCCUACAGUGGUGAAUAUGGUCCUUACCUGUGUAUCAUGGAACUGUAUUCUGCUAGGACGCUCAUACUUAACAUGUCUUGCUAUCCUAAAUUAAGCUGCCCAUGAACAUGUUUCCUUAACAGCAGAGUGAGUUUAAUGAGAUAUUUGUCCUCAGUCUGUCCGGCAGCAUGAUCCAGAGAAGAAACCCUAAUACACGUGCACAGCCCCUUUAAAUGCAUUAAUGUUGAAAUUCUGGGCAAAUGAGUUGCAUUAAUUUCAUAAUCUCCAAUUGCUAGAAAAAAACCUCUUUUCUAGCGUUCAGAUGCUUUCUGUGCAUCACUCACAACUCCAUGCACUUCCAAUCCAAAAAGACACAGCUCAUCUCAUCAGUGUAUGUCCCCUGAAUGUCUGAAAACAGAAAACUGGACACCACCCUGGUCUGCAAAUGCUUGUUGCUAUGAUGUGGAUGUGUUUCCAAGUCUGUGUUUAAGUGGUGCCUGUAUAGAAGGUGUGCAUGCAUUUUGGGGUGACUCCUGGCAUUGAUAGGGGUACUUUUUUGGAUAUGAUUGGUCUUUUUAUUUAGGAUUCUGAAAAUCAAAAGCUGUAUUGAAAACCAGGCUUUAACGUAUAACUGAUUGGCCAGUGGAUAUUUGCAAAAAACAAAGGCAAACUUUGCUGAGAGUUUCAUUCUGACCUAAACACUUUUGCAGUAAUUAAUAUAACAGCCCCUAACAUAGUGAGAGUGGCCUCUACUCCACAGGUCUUUUAGAGGAAAACUGCAAAAUAAUGAGAUUAUAAUUAAAACAUCACUAAAGUAUGGGUAAAGUAGAAAGCUUCCAUUUUGACAAGCUGACUAGUUUAGGAGACAAAAAUUGGAAUGCAGGACAAAGCAGAUACUUACAAUAUUUUUGCAGCUACACCUUUCAGUGAUACUUCCCUGGCUGCCUGUAUCCACUGAAUAUGUAUUCCAAUCUAGAAGUCUAGAGGAGUUGUUAUGAAUUUAUUAAUCUACAUCACUAGAUAAGUGCUUCUGCUGGGAAGUGGCAGUAAAACAGCACCUUUCAAUUAAAACUUCACAACAUUCACUUCUGUGGAACUAACUGAAACAGUGACUGCUUUUAUAGAUACAUAUUCUUAUCUACCCCAUUUCUGUGCUCACUUCAACACCCACUGUCCUGCACUGUACCCAAUCCUUUUCUUUCUGUUGUCCUCUUUUUUUCACAUUCUUGGAACAACUUCCCAUGUGCCAAGCAAACCUCCCUUUACUUCCUCUAAACCCAUUUCUUCUCUUCACCCUUGAAGCAUUAAUCCCCUCCCAGUGCUGUGUGCAUUCCUCUUAUGCCUUUUGUAUUUGUCUGAGUUAUACUGUAUGUUCCUUGGGGCAGGGUCUGUGUCAUCUUAUGUGUUUGUAAAGUGAUGUGUAUUCUUACAGUAAUCUAAAUAAUAAAUAUGGUAUUAAACUAAUCAGUAUAGUCUUUUUGAGGCUGAGCAUCAUAAAGGUACCACCUUGAUCUCUUUGGGGGGGAGGGGCAGGAGAUGUAAGCAUAGACAUUACACAACACCUUCUGCCAAAUGGCUUGUACUGCAGUUUAACCAAAGAGGCACUUGCCCAUCCUGUCUU